CUGAGCACAUGUUCUCACAGAACCUGCACUGCCUUCUGAGAAGUGGCAUGCGCUCCAGAAGAGAGAUGAAAACGCUACAGCUUCUGGUUCUGACUCUGCUCACACUGACCGGUGUUCUCUCAGAUGGUGAAUAUGGUGUGAAUUAUCCUGAGCCGAUCUGCGCUGUGAGAGGAUCUGAUGUCAUCAUUUCCUGCACUUAUUUCUACCCAAAGUUAGGGCAACAGGUGGAAAGAGUUCUCUGGUGCUCAAUGAACUCAAAUUCAGAAAAGUGUCUGAACGGAUCGUAUGUUUAUAACAGUGACUCUACUGCAGCUUCAGGAGACUUUAAGUAUGUUGGUGACAAAACAUCAAACUGUACUUUAUUAAUCAGUAAUGUACAGUUCAGUCACUCUGGAGAGUAUAAAUUCAGAUUUAUAACUAAUGUUGAGGGUGGAAGAUGGACAGGUGACCCUGGAGUUACUGUUGAAGUGGCAGUUGUGCAGGUGUCGAUGAUCAGACUCUCUGGAAACGGGACUCUAAAAGAAGGAGACUCUGUAAAUCUGACUUGCGCUGUGAACUGCACUCUCAGCUCUCCACAGUUUGUGUGGUUUAAGAACAGAGAGCGUUUACCUGAAUCAGGCUCUGUUCUUCACCUUCCUGCUCUGACUAUGAGGAACUCUGGGAAUUAUUCCUGUGCUUUGAGGAACUACGAGAACUUCACGUCUGAAAUGAUCUGCCUUGACGUGGAAGGUCUCUUUUUGUCAAGCAUGGUCUCACUUGGGUUGAUAGUAGUCAUACUGACCUUGACUGCUGUACUUUACUGCAUGUGGUCUGUCGGCACUGACCAGCAGAAAGAAGACACCUACACCACCAUUAUCUACAGUACAGUGACCACAGAAUAAUGCCUUUAAACACAAAAGUACACAAAAGCCCUAAUUUAUAGUCA